AUGGGGGAGAAAGUAAAAUUAGCACUGUGGCCAGUAACCACACAUCUGCCCAGCACCAAGAAGUGCUCAGAGCAUGCUGACUCAGGGCUGAAUUGGGAAUCAUGUGGCUACGUGGAGAGUGAGUGUGGCCAGAAGAUACAUGUGCAGUGUAGGAGAUUUGGAAAGAAGAAAGAUGAUAAGAGUGGAAAGGCAGAGCAGAAAGGUCCUCCGAAGCAGGGUGGCCUGAGAGAAGAGGAACUGGAAAAAAUGAAAGAAGAACGUGAGAGGAUUGGAGCAAAACAUCAGGAGCUAAGGGAAAAGCAGGCAAGAGGUCUUAUUGAUUAUGCUACUGGUGCAAUUGGAUCACUGCAUGAUAUGGACGAUGAUGAAGUGGACCCCAACUAUGCCAGAGUGAACCACUUCCGGGAACCAUGUACAUCAGCAAACGUCUACAGGUCUCCAUCUCCCCCUCGGGCUGGACCGCUGGGCUACCCUCGAGAUGGCCGUCCACUGUCUCCAGACAGAGACCACUUAGAAAGUCUCUAUGCCAAGGUCAACAAGCCAUACCAUCCACCAGUACCAGCUGACAGGUAAUGUAACUUAUUGAAAGAUGAAUGUGGUUUUAAUUCAGUAAGUUUCAAAUCAUCUCCACUGCUGAAGCAGAUAAAAAUAUAUCCUUCGACCUAUUAAAACUGAAAUGACAUAGUACUCUUGACAAGUGCUAUGCUUUGACCUACCCGUAAGGUAUCAGCCAUCAAAAAUAAAACAAUUGCUAGUUAUAAGGAGGCAUGAAUGAAUAGCAGUAGUUGAGUUCAUGAGGCAACAGGGAGCAAUUUUUGAAGGAAUGCUAUAACAGAACUAGUGAUGAACUCUUUGAAGGGAUGUUAUCCUUUCUCCUAAGAGUCCUACUAUAAAAGAUGGAUUCUAGAAGAUGGCAUGACUCUUGAAGGUGAGGGGCCAGAGAAGAGAGUGUUGAUUUCUAAGUUGGUUUAAUUGUAGAUAACCUCUGAAUUGCAGAAGACUUUGAAAAGAUUGAGAUUUUCUGCUGAAGGCAUGUGUGAUCCUGUAUAGAUAUUCCUAGGUGAUCAGAGGUAGAAAAGGAGAUAAUCUUUGCAAAAGGAGUUUGAUGAAGUAGAGGGAGAUAAGAGGUGACAAGGCCAAGGAUCUUAAGGUUUAGCAGCCAAGGAAAGAGAUAAUAGGGCCAUCUGUCAGUACAAUCAAAGUAGGUAGGGAACAGGAUCAUCCCAACCCCACCUCCUGCCAGAAGCAAAAUGCCUCAUUUCUUGAAAGGCUGGUAUAAGAGAGUGUUAGUCAAUAUAUAUUGUUAGGUGACCCUUGGAAUUACACACACAAGGAAUGAGCUGACUGACCUUGG